UAAACAGCAGAAGAAGAAGCAGAAGAACAGGAGAAGAAGAAGCUACGUUGCUAAUGCGCAUAAUAGAAGGAAGUGUCCACUUGAAAUGGGUCAAAAUAAUACUACGUUCGACGACAAAUUAGUGUGUCUUGUAGCCCAGCGUAGCGAUAACAUGUCUAGAUUAUUAACGGUCGGACUCGGAGUUCGAAGCUAGUUUAACGACGUCGUCAUGAUACGUGAAAACAAACGGUUUUCCAGUUCUGGCUCGGAGACACCUACUAAUGCAAGAACAUAGCGAUCCACCACAGAGACAGCGGUCCACGGGGCUCCGAGGGGGAUCGGCAGUCCCGACCAAGAGCUCCAGAUCGGACACGAUGGGGGGAGCGAUGGGUCCGCUCCUCCACUGGGUGCAGGACGUGGCUGCCGUGACUUUCCACAAAGCCCGACGGACGCUCUUUCAGGCCGCCGUCCUCUUCUGCACCCUGUCUCUACUGCUGUGGGUGUCCAUAUUUCUCUACGGAAGCUUCUACUACUCCUUCAUGCCCACGGUGAGCUUCUCCACGCCUGUGCACUUCUACUACACCUCUGAUUGCGAUGCUGCAGAAUCGGGUCUGUGCUCCUACCCCACAGCCAACAUAUCUUUCAUGAAGAACGACAGGGACCAGGUGAUGGCCAACGGCCAGCCUUACAGGGUGUCCCUGGAGCUGGAGAUGCCAGAGUCCCCAGUGAACGAGCAGCUGGGGAUGUUCAUGAUCAAGAUGUCCUGCUAUACCAAAGGCGGGACGACGGUGUCAUCGGUGGGACGAUCGACGAUGCUGCAUUACCGCUCUGGCCUCCUGCAAACCCUGAGCACCUUAUUCUUCUCGCCUCUCCUCCUGACUGGGAUGGCGGAGCAGAAGCAGCUCAUAGAAGUGGAGCUCUACCAAGAUUACAAGACCAACGCCUAUCAGCCCACCGUGGGUGCCGUCAUCGAGAUCCAGUCCAGACGGGUCCAGAUGUACUCGGCUCAGCUCCGCAUCCACGCUUACUUCACCGGCGUACGAUACCUUUUGUACAACUUCCCCCUGACGUCGGCGGUGAUCGGAGUGGCCACCAACUUUGCCUUCCUCAGCGUCAUUGCCCUGUUCGGAUACCUGCAGUUCAUGUGGGGUGGCCUCUGGCCCCCGGACCAGGUCAGAGUCAGGGUCAUGAUGGGGGACAACACCCGGAUCCAGAAGCGGAGGGAGGAGGCCCGCAAGCGCAUGGAGAGGGAAAAUUCGCAGAAAGAGCUUAACGCGCCUGCGGUGAUCGGCUCGAUCAGUGAGGCGGAUGACCACCAGGGAAAUGGCACUGUAGCUGAGUCUUCAGCAGAGGGCCCCGCUGUAGUCCUAGAUGCCUCUGGGGCUCCAGCUACCCACACCGAGGGAGAAGAGUCUCAUGAUUCCGAGGGACCCGAGGAAACCGAUGGCUCAAAUGUGCUGAACGGCAGCCUGCAGUCUCAGUCCGGAGAGACAGCCGUUCGCCACAGACCUGGACCUUGGAUGAGUCUCUGAACCAUAAAAAAAAAAAAAAAACAGAAUAAUGCAUAUACUGCUUAGCACUUUGAAUGCACGAACGUAGACGUAGACUCAAGCAAAACCCACAGUUUGAUAGAACAUAAUCAGACAUGUGAGCCAUGUUGCUUUAGUUUGUCACCGCUCUAAUCUGACCUCUGUUUACGUUCCCGUUUUUGUUUGCAACACUGUUACAAGUCGUACGUUUGUGGCGUUUUGAGUUUCCCAGUUCAGGAGGAGUUACAUUCCAGCUCUGGCAUGUCUGUCCGUUUUCCCACACACCCUUUUAAAGUGACUGAACCUGCUUGUGCUUUCUCUCUGGAUUAUAGUACUUUCUUUAUUAAUAUAGUGGCUAAUCCGAGUUAUCUGUGAGGUCACGGAAGCUUGAUUCAGAUUUUGACCAAUGUAUUAUCUAAGUAUUAUGACACAUAGAAUACAGGGGGAAAAAUGUGCUUUAGUGUCCUCAUAGAGUUAGUUUGGAAUUACAAUAUUGUCCAGAUUUAUGCAUCAAAUAAAAUGUCUAACAGAUUUUUUACCAAACAUGAAGAAGUGCAUCAAAGUGCAAACUGUUAGUUGCAGCAUUUUAUGACUAAAAAUGGUUUGAGGAAGUAAAACAAAAUAUAUAUUAUUUGAUCUGCCCAUCAAUAAGCUUACAAAUUAGGCCCCUUCAGAUCCAUCUUUGCAUUUCCUCAAAUGACAGUCAUCCCCUAAAAACCACUUUUAAGAGUCUUCUUGUUUAAGAGCUGCCUUUAGAACCGAGGCUGUUGUUUUCAGAUGGAGCAAAAUUACCAGGUGCAGCAUGUGACUUUUGCUCCAGAAGCUUUUUCGAAGCAAUUUGAUUUGGAAAUUUUGCCCAACAACAAGCAUCUUUGUCGCUACCAACUCCCCAUAAAAAAUGUUGGUCCAGCCUGAGGGAAGCAAUUUGGACCUUUUUUUGUUUUGUAAUACAAAGGCACGUUCUGUCUCAGCGUAAUCGGUGCGUUGAAGCUUGAGGACUUUAAACUGCAGUUUUUCAUUCCUGCUGCAUGUCUUUGUAAAAAGUGCAGCUGGCACUAUGCAGUUACGACUUCUUUCUUUCUUUUUCAACCUUGUUUUUAUUGCCGACCAGCUCUGUUCAUUUUAGACCGAUGUGUUCAUUAGUAUGUGUGUAUUUAACGUUAGAGUGGAGUACGUGGGGAUAAGUGAAGUUACAGCUUGGAAGUAGAUGCGCUCGCUAAAAGUGAGGGAUUGUACUGCUAAGCCUCCAAGUGUUUAACCUGCUUGUUAAGGGGAGAGUUGGAUUUCCUUUUUAUUGUUACUCUUGUGUUUUCUGGAUGGAGGAUUUUGUACCAAAGAUGUUCACAGAUAUGUUGGAUUGUUUGAAAAAUAUGUACAGAUGUUAUUUAUGCGUUUGUUUAAACAAAGAAAAUAAAUAUCUAAUAGCUGGGA